AUGACAACGCGGUAUAGAAAUGAAAUAGGCUCGAAUCGAGAGCGAGAAAGCUUGUUGGCAUCGUCGUCUUCGUCGUCGAAGAGAAGUAGGAGUAGAAAUGAUGGUCUGAAUAAAGCCGAGGAUUUAGAGGAAAAGGACGGGAUAACUGCGAAAGUGUUUUGCAACACCAUGUUUAUGAUUACGGUUGGUGGGUGCGCCUUAGUCGCUAUGGGAUCGUUUUUGAAGAGCAGCUUCGAUUCAGUGAGAGAAGACAGCCGUUCUUCGUUUGAUUUUGAUUGGCAAGCGCCGUCGUCUAUAUCGUACGAGGACGUGUUGGAAGCGAGGGACUUGACGCAACCGGAGCAAAUGAGAAUGCCGAUGCACGUGUUUGAAUGGGGAGGGUCGAAAGAAAAUGGCCAAUCUUGGACGAUUACACCAUCUGGGGCACAAAGUCUCGAUGACCGUUCAACAGGGGCAGAUAUGUUUAUAAAAGCGGUCAUGAAAGCAGAGUUUUCGGACGUGGACAAACCUAUCCACUUCGGGUGGGCGACACAGGAUUACCCUCGAAACGCAUGCGUCGAUAGCGCGAGCGGAUGUGGACAGAGUAAAGCGCCGAUAUUUUCGUUUGGCACCGUGCCAAAAGAUUCUUCGAAGAUUUCCGGAUUGAUCCAGGCGCCAACUUUGCCAUUUACACCGUGCAUAGCUCACGCAUUUGCGCCGGAGCAGUAUGGUCAGUGCGAGUGGUUCAGUAGUCCAGGACAGUGUAAGGAAGAUAAAAUGUUUACAGAAAGUACGGCUUCGUUUGAUAGUUUGAUACCGAAGAUGUUUUGGCGAGGGAGCGACUGGCCGUUUUUGGAGAUGUACCCGUCUGUAGGAACGACGAGCGGAACGAAGUUUUUAGACAAUCACAAUCUCUGCGGUGCGAUCGCUGGAGACAUCGUAAACGCCAUUCUUAAUUCUGGGAGUAACAGCGGGAAAGCGUUUAACGAUCGCCUACCACCACGCUUACGCGCGGUUGUUCACGCGGCGGUGAACCAAGACGAUUACGACAUUAAAUUCACAGAUUCCAACCCAAACGCGCCGCCGACGUUGUGUAUUGAAAAUACGCUCCCCACAUUUUCUAAGGAAACGAAAACGGCAUGCGAUUACGCGCAGUACAAGUACUUGCUGGAUCUCGGCGGUGGCGGUGGGACCUCGUGGAAGACAACGUUUUGGGCCAUGGGCAUGCCUGGGGUUCUCUUUCAUCACGAAACUCCAAUGAAAGAUUCGUUUUAUGGCAAAAUCGAGGCGUGGAAACAUUACAUUCCGGUGAGCACAGACUUGUCGGAUUUAGACAAGCAAUUGAAUUGGGCGAAAUCAAACCCAGGAGAAUGCGAAAAAAUUUCUAAACGCGCGUCUGCAUUCGUAAAGUACAUGAUGUCCGCGGAAGGUUUGAAAGAACACGCCAGAGAGACAUUCAUCGAACCGAUGAGUAAAUUUAUCCAAGCGUACAACGACCCCGUCGACGGGACCGAAGAUACGAGAGAACUCACGAUUCAUAGCUCCAACGGUGCAUUGGUCGCUUGGGUAUACAACCCAGAUUCGGUGCCAUACUUAGCUAAGCGCGAGAUGUUCUUUGACGACGAAACGUUUUAA